AUGUCAAACGUGGACCUCCAACAAGUACAAACCACUACCACUAGUAAUAAAUUAAAUUUAGUAAAAUUAAAAGAAUAUGUUACUGAACAAUUUAAUCAUAAUUUAUUACCAGUAUUAGAAGAUUUUAUUCGUAUUCCUAAUUUAUCACCUAAUUUUGAUAAAGAAGUAUUAAGUAAUGGACAUAUGGAACAAGCCUUGAGUUUAAUUGUACAUUGGAUUAAAAAUCAAAAUAUCAAAGGUUUAAAUUUAAAUGUUAUGAGAAUUGAGGGAAAAACUCCUUUAAUUUUCAUUGAUAUUGAUUCUACUAUUAUUGGAAAGGAAGGAUGGAAAGAAAAUGUACCAACAGUAUUCAUGUAUGGUCAUGCCGAUAAACAACCACCAAAUACUGGAUGGGCUGAAGGAUUAGGACCAUACGAUCCUGUCAUUAGAACACGUUUACCUUCUACUUUUAAUACUUCUACAACUGAUGAUAGUAAUAAUAAUACUGUUAGUAAUAAUACUGACAGUAAUACUGAUAGUAAUACCGAAGAUAAAAAAGAUGAAGAUUUAUAUUUAUAUGGACGUGGUAGUAAUGAUGAUGGAUAUGCAGUAUUUUCAUCAAUAUUAUCAAUUAAAUCACUUCAAGAACAAUCUAUUGAACAUGGACGUAUUAUUAUAGUAUGUGAAUUUAGUGAAGAGAGUGGAUCAUGUGAUUUACCAUAUUACCUCUGUCAAAUAUUACCAUAUAAUAGAACUGAACAUAUUAGAAGUAAAAUGACAGCAGAGGAUUUAUCACUCAUUCCAUCACAUUGUUUAUCUGAUGAUUAUAAAGGAAUGAUUCAAAGUUGUGUUGAUUUGGUUAUUUGUUUAGAUUCUGGUGUUGGUAAUUAUGAACGUAUUUGGACUACUAUUAGUUUGAGAGGAAUAUUUGUUUUUGAAUUGCACGUUUCUUUAAUUAGAGAAGGAGUACAUUCAGGUGGAUAUAGUGGAUUAGUAUCUGAUUCAUUUAGAGUAAUUAGAAUGUUAUUAUCUAGAAUUGAAAAUGAACAAGAUGGAUCAAUUAAAAUUCCAGAAUUAUAUGGAACACCAAAAGAAGAAAAAGAUCCAAUUCAUUCUAAUUUACCUAAAUGGGUAGUUGAAAAAUUUAAAAAAACAGUAGAAUUAUUAGGAUAUAGUGGAGUAUGUGAAUCAGUUCCAUUAUUAAAUUCUUCAGUUGAAUUAAUGAAUCAAGAUUUAUUAGAAUUAUUAUUAAACAAAACAUGGAGACCAACUUUAACAAUAACAGGUGCAAAUGGUUUACCACCAAUUGAAACAGCUGGUAAUGUAUUAAGACCAUUAACAGCAUUAAAAUGUUCAAUUAGAUUACCACCACAUGUUACACCAAAUGAACAACUUGAACAAUUAGUUUUAAAUGAGCUCAUUAGAAAUCCACCCUAUAAUGCACAAGUACAAAUUAAGAAUAUUCAUACUGGAAGUGGAUGGUGUUGUAGUGAAUUUGAUGAAUGGUUAACAAAUUCACUAAAUGAAUCAUCUAGAGAAUUCUUUAAUGUUGAUGAAAUUGGAUGUUUAGGUGAAGGUGGCACAAUUCCAUUUAUGAAAGUUUUAAAUGAUUGUUAUCCACAAGCUCAAAUGUUAAUUACUGGUGUUGCAGGUCCUGGUUCAAAUGCACACGGUCCAAAUGAACAUUUGAAUUUAAAUUAUACAAAGAAAAUUAUCUGUUCAGUUGCUAAACUUUUAAAUGAUCAUAGUAUUGUUAAUAAAAAGAAAUAA